AUGAAUGACGACUCACGACGCUAUCCCAACUUUAGUGCGUACUUUCGACCAGUGCAAGACGGCGAACCGCUACCGUCUGCACCGGAGAGUUUGGCGCUGUGGGGUCAGCGCACUGUAUGGGGCCUUCUCGGUGGAGCAGCACUGGGCUUUGGCCAGGGACUUCAACGCGCACGUAUGCGAAAAGCGUACCCAAUGCCUGCGGGUCUCGUGAACUCGCCAUCGAGGCGCCUCGCCUACUUCGUGACGAGUGGCGUGGUGAGCACCAGUGCUCACCUCGGCCUCUUCGUGGCCCUCUAUAGCGCUGUCGACCUCGGUGUUCGGGAAUGGUUGCGCUCGGCGCCUGCUGAGCCUUUAGCAGACGGCUGUAUACUCUGUAACUGGACCCGAUCGGCGGGCGUUGAACAGUCCAGCGGUCUUGCUGCUGGCUCCAUAACAGGCUUUCUCUUCCGACUUCCUACCGGUUCUGCCUCGCUAGCUCUUUCUGGAGCUGCAUACGGCGCUGGCCUUGGUUUCAUAGCAGGCUCCAUUGAACGAUGGCUGCGCAAACUCGAGCACGCUGCUCGUUCAAAGUGGACAGCGCAGCAAGCAGCUGACGAGGUCGACCAUAAAGAAGUCGAGCAGGCUGGCACAGCUACAGCAUCCUCGCCGAAGUCAGGCGCUGUUGAUGCCUAUAUUCUAGCGCUCCAGCAACGGGUUCAGCCAAAUACGCAUCAGGGAUUAGAAGAAUGGAGAGCAAAUGGCGAGGUCUCUUCUGAGGAGUCGGAGAAGAAUACAUCACCCGGUAGCCCUUGA